AUGCUUUUUGUCACUUUCUCAUCAACUUUCUUUUCUUCCCUUUUUCCAGAUCACCAGAAACUUGAAAGAGAAGCUAGAAUUUGUAGAUUGUUGAAACACCCAAAUAUUGUACGUUUACAUGACAGUAUACAGGAUGAAGGUUUUCAUUACCUGGUCUUUGAUUUGGUAACUGGAGGAGAGUUAUUUGAGGAUAUAGUUGCUAGAGAGUUUUAUAGUGAAGCAGAUGCAAGUCACUGCAUGCAGCAAAUUUUAGAGAGUGUUAAUUAUUGCCAUCACCAUGGUAUUGUGCACAGAGACCUGAAGCCGGAGAACCUGCUGCUUGCUAGCAAAGCAAAGGGAGCUGCUGUCAAGUUAGCGGAUUUUGGGCUGGCUAUUGAAGUAAACGGUGAUCAGCAGGGAUGGUUUGGUUUUGCUGGAACACCUGGUUACCUUUCACCAGAAGUAUUAAGAAAAGAUCCUUAUGGAAAACCUGUAGAUAUUUGGGCAUGUGGGGUUAUCUUAUAUAUUCUAUUAGUUGGUUAUCCACCAUUCUGGGAUGAAGACCAACAUAGGUUAUAUGCACAAAUCAAGGCAGGAGCAUAUGAUUACCCGUCUCCAGAAUGGGACACUGUGACUCCUGAAGCAAAGAAUCUCAUAAAUAGUAUGCUGACAGUUAACCCCGCCAAGAGAAUUACAGCAUCAGAAGCACUGAAACAUCCUUGGAUUUGUCAACGAGAGCGGGUAGCUUCAGCAGUACAUCGGCAAGAGACAGUGGAUUGCUUGAAGAAAUUCAAUGCACGAAGGAAACUAAAGGGUGUCAUUCUCACUACCAUGCUGGCUACAAGGAACUUCUCAAGCCGCAGUUUGGUGGCUAAGAAAAAUGACGGCAUCAAAGAAUCUACAGAUAGUAGUGCCACACUGGAAGACGAAGACACCAAAGCAAAGAAAGGAAUUCUAUUGCAUGAUGAAAAAAGUUCUCGGACUAUGAGUAUGACUAGUCUGGUGAAUCUGUCCACUAGUUCAAAAGACGGCCAAUUCUGCUGUGAGUUUUUAGAACUGUCUCUAUAUCUCUCAUUACUACUACGACCUUUUACACGCCUCUCAACCAGACAGAAACAGUUUCUCAUCACGCAUUCAAUAUUCUAA